CAGAGAGAGACAGAGCGAGCGAGAGAGAGAGAGCAGUAAUGGCGGCCGGUUAGAGCCACACACAAACACCGUCCGCAAACAGCCGCUCUCACCGCACCGCGCUCCGGGGGGCAGCCAGCCUCACACACCGCGGCGGAGCGACACACACGGAGCGGAUACACCGACUCUGAGGGAGAGGGGGGGAACCGGACCGGACGGGAAUCCUUCAGUUGGACCGUUUGCUGCCUGGGACUUUCCUUCUACUUUUCUAAAAAAAAAAAAAAAAAACAUGGAUGAGCACCCCGGCGGAGGAGGAGGGGUCGGAGCCCAGAGACAACCUCCACAGUCAGGGAGCAACAGUGGAGGUGGUGGAGGAGUCAUGGUGCCGCACCAGCCGGACGAGAUGCCCCGGCCGCAGCAGCAGUACACUAUCCCCGGCAUCCUGCACUACAUCCAGCACGAGUGGGCCCGCUUCGAGAUGGAGAGAGCGCACUGGGAAGUGGAGAGGGCCGAGCUCCAGGCGAGGAUAGCGUUCCUGCAGGGCGAGAGGAAAGGUCAGGAGAACCUGAAGAACGACCUGGUUAGAAGAAUAAAAAUGUUAGAAUAUGCUUUAAAACAGGAAAGAGCAAAGUACCACAAGUUAAAAUACGGCACAGAGUUAAACCAAGGAGAGAUGAAGAUGCCAAGUUUUGAAUCCGACACCAAAGACUCAGAGGUCUCUGCUGUUCCUGCAAACAGUCAGCUCACCUGGAAACAAGGGAGGCAGCUCCUCAGACAAUAUCUGCAGGAGGUGGGAUACACAGACACCAUCCUGGACGUUCGUACGCAGCGGGUCCGUUCUCUGCUUGGCCUGUCGGGCUCCGAGCAGAACGGGUCUGUGGAGAACAAGAACCUGCAGCACCUCAUCAACGGAACGGAGCGCCGCAAGGACAGCAAGAGGAGUCCAGGUGACGUUCUGGAGACGUUCAACUUCCUAGAGAAUGCAGAGGACAGCGACGAAGACGAGGAUGAAGAGGGAGACCUGAUGGACGAUAUCAGCACAGACAAACAUCACAGAGCCAAGAAACACAAGACCAAGGUGGGGAACGAGGGCUUGGCCUCGGAGGACGACGCCGACACGGAGGAGGCUCUGAAGGAGUUUGACUUCCUGGUGACGGCGGAGGACGGAGAGGGAGCCGGGGAGGCUCGGAGCUCCGGAGACGGGACAGAAUGGGCGGAGCCUCUCCCGUUCCCUCCCGGUGGGGGCAAGUCCUUCCUGUUGGGGGGCUCGGACGACGUGUUGGAGAGCGUGCUGGGUCUGGGCGACCUCGCCGACCUCACCGUCACCAACGACGAGACGGACUACAGCUACGAUCUGCCGUCCAAUAAGGAGUCUUCGUUCAGGAAGACGUGGAACCCAAAGUACACGCUGCGGAGCCACUUUGACGGCGUCCGGGCGCUGGCCUUCCACCCCGUGGAGCCCUGCCUGGUCACCGUGUCCGAGGAUCACACCCUCAAACUGUGGAACCUCACCAAGACCGUCCCUGCCAAAAAAAGUGCCUCUUUUGACGUUGAGCCCGUCUAUACAUUCAGAGCCCAUGUUGGUCCAGUGUUGUCGUUGGCGAUGACCUCCAGUGGGGAGCAGUGUUUCAGUGGGGGCAUCGACUCGACCAUCCAGUGGUGGAACAUCCCCAGCUCUAAUGUGGACCCCUAUGAUACCUAUGAACCCAGCGUCCUGGCGGGGUCGUGGCUGGGUCACACAGACGCUGUGUGGGGAUUGGCCUACAGCGGAAUCAAGAACCGCCUUCUGUCCUGCUCGGCCGACGGCACGGUGAAGCUGUGGAACCCGACGGAGAAAGACCCCUGCAUCAGCACUUUCAACUCCAACAACGAGCACGGGGUCCCCACGUCGGUGGACUUUAACGGCUGCGACCCCGCCCACAUGGUGGCGUCGUUUAGCGGCGGGGACGUGGUGGUGUACGACCUGGAGACCUCCCAGAGUGCACUGGUGCUGAAGGGCCAGGGAGAAGGCACACUCUCGGGGUCGAAUCAUAUCAAUAAGGUGGUGAGUCAUCCCACGCUGCCGGUCACCAUCACCGCUCACGAAGACCGACAAAUCAAAUUCUACGACAACAAGUCAGGUAAGGUGAUCCACGCCAUGGUGGCUCACCUGGACGCAGUGACCAGUCUGGCUGUGGAUCCAAACGGGAUCUACCUGAUGUCAGGAAGUCACGACUGCUCUCUGCGUCUGUGGAACCUGGACAGUAAAACGUGUGUUCAGGAGAUCACGGCACACCGUAAAAAGAGCGAGGAGGCCAUCUACGACGUGGCGUUCCACCCGUCCAAGGCCUACAUCGCCUCCGCCGGAGCCGACGCCCUCGCCAGGGUCUACGUCUAGACGAGGAGGAGGAGGAGGAGGAAGAGGAGACGAAGAAGAAGCAAGGGCAGUGGGAGAUGGAGAGAGAAGCUAGUCUGUUCACAAACAAACAGUAUUCAGGUCUGUUCAGGUCUCUGAGCACAGAUUAUAUUCAAGACUGGAGGUGACCGACUGAACACACACACACACACACAGACACACACACACACACACACACACACUCACACACUUUAAGUUAAGAGGAGCAGCUGUAUGGUCUCCCUCCGAUUGACUAAAGGGACUGAGAGACGUUCAGCAGCUGAAACGUUGUGGAAACGUUGUUUAAACUCUGCAGGCCGACACUCACCUGUCCUCUGAAGCCCCGCCCCCUCUGCAGAGUCAUGAUGACACUACAUGGAUUAAACCACAGUAAGCAAAUUAUAAAGACCCCGAAACAGCCUGGGAAAAUACACCUUAGGGAAAAAUAAGACCUCAGUAAUGGAGCCUGAAAGGAAACGGUUAAAUAUUUGAAACGACUUCCACAAAGUGAACAAAAGAAGAAAUUCUGAUUAGAGCUUUGUCCCUAAAAGCGUCUCCAGGUGCAGCAGAAAAUCAGAGGUUUUAACCCGUCACGGUGUUGAUGUAUUUCAGUUUUUUAUUCUUAAAAUCUGAAGCUUCAGAUUGUGACUUUUUUACCGUGUUUUUAAAGAAGGUAAAACAUAUCAACAUAAAGAAACUGAACAUCUUGUGUUAGGUUUGUUUCUAAAUACUUAUUAAACGGCCAGCCGGGUUAAAAAUCUGAUUUCCUGUUCGUCUCUGACACGGUGUGAGCUGAUUGGACCCCAACACCUCAGCCAAUCAGAGCCCUGCGUUUAAGAAACCACCGACAUAUAAGGAGCUAAGAAUUUGAGGAUCCUGAAGUUGCCGUUACUGUAGUUACGUAUGGACGUUUUCUGUUUGUGUAAAAUAAAUCUAGUUUUUAUAAUCGUUUUUAUAAACGUGGAAACGUCUCGUUAACGGCACCGAGGAGGAUUCUGGUCCUCUCUCCCGUCCAGUCCUGCCAUCACGCCCGCUCUCAGUAGGUCGUGUAGAAAGUGAGGAGGAGGAGGAGGAGGUGCUGUGUGUUAGUCGGCGUCUGUUUCGUUCACGCGCACAAAGAUUAUACUUUAUUUAUAAAAGGAGAUUGAGCAUUUCCUUAAUAAUUUCCUACCUGUAAACAGCCCUUAACAUCUGGUACGUCCCUUGCAGUCAGUGGUGCAGGGAUGACAUGUUUUUGGAACCCGACCCUGAAGUAAGCAUCACAAGGGCUCCCACGACUAAAAGCCAAAGUGAUCUUUCCUUGGCUUAUGGGAUAUCGCAGAAAAUAAGAUCUGUCGCGAACUCAUGUUUAAGAUACUUACACAUUUUGUUCAGCAGGAUAAUCUCCAGAAAUUACACCACUUUAUGAUUUUCGAAGCGUAAAUGCAAUCUCCAGAAGUGAAACGCUUACUGGAACUACAUCAUGUGUUAAACACAGAUUUUAUUUCAGUCAUCCAACCAAAAAACAAACACACUUUGAGACAGGAAGAGCUAAACUGCUGAAUCAUUUCUCAGAUUCAGUGCUUAUUCCUGCAUCACUUUAUCAACAGAUUGGUCCCUGAACGCACCACAGUCUCGGUGUAAGCAGGAGAUGCUGCUGCAGUAAAUGUUCUUGACGUUAGGAGAAGCUGCAGGUCGCGGCUUCUCCUCCCUCAGCUCCUCCUCUUCCUCACAUCACCGUGUUAGUUCUCUUUUCACGUCGAGUACAUUUGACUUUUAUUCAUCACAGCUUCAACAAGAAAGGAGUUAAAGUUAUUUAUAUCUUUUGUUCGUCUCGUCCUUUAUGAGGAAAAAAGAACCGGUUGAGCUCCAGUAGUAAUGCUCCAAUCAGACGCCUCCUGGGGCUCUGUUUGAAACAAAAAGCUGCCACCUGAUUGGCCGAACAUCCCAAGUUUUAUUUCAUCGCUGUGGUUUGUUUAAUUUAACUUUUUUAAACUGAAGGGAUUUGUAACAAAGGCGUCUCCUGGUUGAUCACAAAUCUUUAUUUUUCUUUUCACCCACGCUACAACUUACUGUGUAACUAAAAGACUUUUGUUUUUGUUUGUGUAAUGCAUGAUUAAUACAAUAAAAGUAUUUUUUCUAGUCUUCCAGAAAAAUGGAAAAAAGAGUUCUGAUCAGUUUGCGAGUUUUGAUGAGUUUUGUAAUUUUUUUUGAUUUACAAACUAUGAAACAGCAGAUUUUAAAGAUUGUACCACAUAGCAGAAUACAACUGUUGAAAUGUAUAUAAAAUGUCUAUAAUAACUAUUAAAUGGUGUACCUGUACAGAG